AUGGCACCAAAAGCAUCCACGGGCAGUGGUCCCAGAAGUCCCUUGACGGCUUCCACGAAAGAAAAGCAAAGCGCUUUGCAGGAAGCAAAGUCCCGAGAGCUCGAGCAAGAGUUCAAGACCAAGCACCUCGGCGUACUGGGGGUGCUACUUUGGGUAUUGCUCCUGCACGUUGCCGGUAUCUACUUCUUCACCAAGGGCUUCCUCCUCACGCGCAUGGUCCUCGAGAACAAAUCUUCCUGUGAUAUUCUUCCUUUCGACGAGGCCCCGGGUACAAGUGUUUCACCUUCAAGGGGGAGUAAGAAAGGUUGCUGGCAUGACAAGACCUUUGACAAGGCUGUUGUCAUCAUCAUCGAUGCCCUCCGUUAUGACUUCACUGUACCUUUUGCGUCGAUGGACCAGGAUAAAUCCGUCCACUUGUUUCACGACAACAUCCCGGUGCUCUACGAGACGGCCGUCAACAAUCCUAGCAACGCUUUCUUGCUCCCCUUCAUUGCCGACCCGCCUACCACAACUCUGCAGCGCUUGAAGGGACUGACCACUGGAACCCUGCCCACCUUCAUUGACGCAGGCUCCAACUUCGCCGGCACUGCCAUCGACGAGGAUAAUCUAGUCGCCCAGCUGCACAGCGCUGGAAAGACCUUGGUUCAGCUCGGCGAUGACACUUGGCAGUCAUUGUUCCCGGGCUACUUCGAUGCCAAUCUUACGCACCCCUACGACUCGUUUAAUGUUUGGGACUUGCACACCGUGGACAACGGUGUCAAUGAGCACCUGUUCCCGCUCCUCCAACUAGAGAACAAGAGCAAGUGGGAUGUGAUCUUUGGCCACUAUUUGGGCGUCGACCAUGCUGGACAUCGCUAUGGUCCCAACCACGCCGCCAUGGCCGCCAAGUUGCAAGAGAUGGACCGCGUCAUCCGCAAGAUUAUCGCUUCACUGGAUGAUGAUACACUGCUGGUUGUGAUGGGUGAUCAUGGUAUGGAUACCAAGGGUGAUCAUGGCGGCGAGUCCGACGACGAGGUCGAAGCUGCAUUGUGGAUGUACUCCAAGCGCGGCGUGUUCGGUCGUACUAGCCAGGAUACCCUACUGCCACCGAAGCACGCCCGCGAGCGCUUUGUCCCGCAGAUCGAUCUCGUUCCGACUCUAUCGCUUCUCCUUGGUAUGCCUAUCCCCUUCAACAACUUGGGCUCGCCCAUUGAAGAGGCCUUCGCCGGUGCCAGCGGCAAUGACUGGUCAAACCUGUUGGCUGUGAACCGUCUGUCGGCGGCACAGAUCAAGAGAUACCAGCAUGCAUAUGCGACGGCCCGAGGCGCAGGCGAUGAUGAGGAAUCGUUUGCACUGUGGACAGCCGCCGAGGAAGAAUGGAAGUCUGCCUCCAAGGGAUUCACAUCCAAGUCAGCUGCUGUUCGUUCCAGCUACGAACUCUACCGCAACUACCAGCGACACACUCUGGAGAUAUGCCGUGCACUCUGGGCGCGCUUUGAUGUGCCCAGCAUGCUCGCAGGUGUUGUGCUUCUGUUCUUCGGUAUCUCUCUGCUGGUGCUGUAUGCCCGUGGAAUGAAGAUUGACCGUACAGAACUUACCCCCUCGCUCCUCUCGUUCGUUGGUGCUGGAACUGGACUUGGAGCUGUGACUGGCGCCGCAUUGGUUCUUUUUGGAUUCACCGAGAUGUCCGCUAUUGACUCCUCCGCACUCUUGGCUGCAUUUGGAAGCAUGGUAGGAGGCCUCUUUGCGCUGGUCAAGAAGCCUGCAAACCUGACACUGCCUCUGCCCAAUGGCAUGUGGGGAUGGCUCGCUGUCUUCUUCACUGUUUCUCAGUCCGUUGGUUACGCGUCAAACUCGUAUACCAUCUGGGAAGAUGAGAUUCUCCUCUUCUUCCUGACUACGUUCGGUGUCUGUGCUGGUAUCUCGUCGAUGCGGCAGAAGUCGACCACGGACCGAGUUCUCGGCGUGUAUCACUCAAUUCUCUUCGUGAUUCUCGGUCGGGUCGCUUCGUUCUCCCGUCUCUGCCGCGAGGAGCAAAUGCCAUUCUGCCGCUCUACUUACUACGCCUCGUCCACCUCGUCCAUCUCCGCCCCUUGGCAGCUCGCUAUUCCCUUCCUGGUGGCCCUCUUCCUCCCUGGCGUUGUGCGCUCUUUCUACGCCGGCUCCAAGUCUUAUGAAGGUGCUGCUACUCUAUGGAUUGGCUUUGCCUUCCGUCUGGGUCUUCUGAUAACUUCACUAUUCUGGACGUUUGAAGGCGCUGAUGACGGCGAGUGGUUGCCGCUCCGCAAGGAAACCCUCAAGUCUGUCCGCGUCUUCCUUGCGCAGCUGGUUCUGGCUCUCGCCUUCGGCGCCGGCACAGGUGCAUUCCUCUAUUCCAAGCCCUGUAUUACUGUCAGCGUGAAUAAACCAACGGAAGACCCCAACGCCCCUCCAGCACCCAUCAUCGCCGGCCAGCAACAGCAGCCCCGAACAACCGUCACCAUCCUGGGCUUCGGCAACAUCUACGGCACACGCUUCUUCUUCCUAGUCGUCAACUUUGCCCUCGCAGUCAUCCUCAUGCAAAAGCCCAUGGGACAAGGCGCAAUUGCCCUAUUAAUCUGGCAAAUCCUCUCGCUCCUCGAAAUCCUUGACACAAACGCUCUCACUCUCACAAACUCGCCCAUCGGCCCUAUUGUCCUCGGCCUCCUUGGUUCCUUCUAUUUCUUCAAAACCGGCCACCAAGCCGUCCUCAGCUCCAUCCAGUGGGAAACCGCAUUCAUCCCGCUGUCGACCAUUAAAUAUCCCUGGUCCCCUCUCCUAGUUAUCCUGAAUACCUUUGGCGCACAAAUCCUCGCCGCCAUUGCCGUCCCACUGACCGUCCUGUGGAAAAGACCUCUACAAACGCAUGACCGCGUCUCCCAGCCGUCGAAUGCAAAGGUGGCUAACCCCGCUACCAAACUGCUCUCCGACGUCGUUCAGGCUGCCUCUACGCACAUGUUGUACCUCGCGACUAUCAAUCUCGCGACGACCAUGUGGGCGGGCCAUCUGCGUCGCCAUCUCAUGCUCUACCGCAUUUUCAGCCCACGCUUUAUGAUGGGCGCUACCGUGCUGGGCGUCGUUGACGUCGUCCUCAUCCUCUUUGCUGUCGGCGGCGUGCGCUGGAGCACGAUUAGCGUCGGUGAAAUCUUUGGUUGGUGA